AUGAAUUUGUACCAUUUUCCAGGUUCCUACUGUAAUAUUAAUGAAUACUAUACGGAUGCAUCAACGGGUUUCUGGGGAUGGGCAUUUGUGAUGUCGAAGGCACCGGAACUCGGUGACACUUUGUUCCUCGUACUGAGAAAGAAACCAGUGAUCUUUAUGCACUGGUAUCAUCAUGCACUCACAUUCGUCUACGCCGCCAUCUGCUACUCUGAGCAUCAGGCUUGGGCCCGAUGGUCACUUGCUCUUAACCUUACUGUACACACCAUCAUGUACUUCUAUUUUGGAGUUCGAGCGAUGAAAAUCGAAACACCACGACCGGUUGCGAAAUUCAUCACCACGAUUCAGAUUGCACAAUUUGUUAUCAGCUGUUAUAUUUUUGCACAUCUUGUUAUCAUCAAAAGCUACAAUCAAAUUCCAAACUGUGCUGUAAGCUGGAAUGUCCUCUCAAUCGGUGGUCUCAUGUACCUCAGCUACCUCUACCUAUUCGCCGAAUUCUUUUAUAAGGCCUACAUAAAGAAGCGAUCACCCACGAAGGUUAAGUCUCAGUGA